UAUUUUGUUUUAUCAUCCAUUUUAAAUUAACCUGACUGUCACAUUGCCACCAUUUCGAUCCGAAAUUAUUCGUGAAUACCCCGAUGCCCCGAUCUCUCCGAUAGUGAAAAAAGAGAACAACUACCGAGAUGUUUAGAUCCCUGAGAAAAUUCUGCAGACUUCAGAAAAGUCUCCGAAAUCUGAAGCUCCACACGUCAAUUUCUACGCCCCAGACGUGGAAUCAUUUCCAAUUUCUGAAAGCGAAGAGAAAUUCCCCGUUGAAGACCUCCGAGAAAUUGCAGAAGGUCUCAGAGGCAGUGACCAUCACACCAGGAAAACCGAAAUCACCGCCCCCAGGACUGUCCCUCCUGCCGAAUGCGCCAGGUUCUCAACAAUCAAAAAUUCCGCGAAGUCGUGUAUUUUACUCAACCUGUUCCGACAAACCACCAAAGCCCCCAAAGAAAUCCGAUUGCACGCCAAAGCCGAAGAAGUCGUCGUGCAGUGAAAAAUCCUACGAGAAAUUAUGCCCUGACUUGAAGGAUCCGGCCUCGUGCAGUACAAAUAAACCCAAGUGCCCUGAGAAAUGUCCAAAGCCCCCAAGUAACACAUCAGCCUGUUCAAAACCAAAACCCAAGCCAAAACCGUGUGCACAGCCUGUGGAAAAAUCAAAGUGCUCAAAGCCACCGCUAAAAUCCUGUCCACAGCCCCCAAAACCCUGCCCCAAACCCGAAGAGAAAUCAAAAUGCUCAAAACCCCCACCAAAACCCUGUCCCCAACCGGAGCCAAAAUCAAAAUGCUCAAAGCCUCCAGCAAAGCCCUCAGGAUGUGGAGGAGGCAAGAAACCCCCGCCCUGCUCAAGAUCAUACUCAUCAUGUGCAGCUGAACCCGACAAAACCCCCGAUCUAACAUUUGGUGAACAACAGCGACGGAAAAUCGCAGAAUUCUGCGCAAAGAGAAAAGGAAACAGUAAAAAAGGGAUUGAGAUAAAAGAUGAAGAGCAUUGCGAACAGAGCGAGAGCUUUAGUGACAGAAUCAAAAGAGAGAAGGAGGAGACAGCAGAGUGCCUGAAGAACAAAACGGAAUUCUCGGAGUUGGGGUACACCAGGAUUCACUGCAAGGAGAGCGUCAGGGACAUCAUAUCGAGGGAUGCCAAGAAAUUCCUGAGGGAAGUUGAUCCUUACGGUGAAAUUCUUCACCAAAAAGUUGGCAAGGUGUCCUCAGAUCAGCCGGAAAAGGCCAGAAACAGAAAGAACAAUUGGCUAGAGUCGAUAUUGAUCCAGUGAAAUAAUCAAAAUCAAUUGUAGUAACGAAUAAACGAUGA